GUGGCUGGGCAUAGCGCAUACCGUAGACUAGCGUUCGGCAUUAGAGCCGAGCCCAGCACCCACUGUCGUUGCUCGUGAGCGCGUGUUUUCCUCAGCCUAGGCGCCAUGACGUGGCCGGAGCCCCCGAACUACUAUGAGGCUCCCAAGCAUGGCUUCAAGGUCACGCUGGAGAACCCGACCUUUCCGAUUAUCAACCCGGACCCCAACAUCACGGACGCAGUCACCAACAUGCGCUCGGAGAACUGGGGCGUGGUCGCUGGCCUGGCUGGUCUGGGCUACGUAGCAGGAUACUACUUCGGUGCCAAGGUGCACUGGGCCAAGCCCACCGCUCUGUUCACCUCCAUUUUCCUGGGGAAGAGCGGCCUGCUGUGGGGCAUGUCGGACAGCGCUCACCGGCUGAUGGGCUUCAAGGAGAACAGCAAGGAGGUGGCCGCCAACCUGCCGCACGUGAUGCAGCGCGAGUCCUACUAAACAGAUUGGACACAGCCGCUGCAAGCAGCAGCACCGCCGAUGGCGCGGGACUCGCGGCUGCGGCUGCAGCUGCCGUAGCAGCAGUGGUAGGCGCUGAGGACUGGUGGAUGUAGCAUGGGGGCGGAGAACGAGGAGGAGCAGCAGCAGCAGCCGCUGGAGCAAGAAUGCAUGGACUGUAUAUGCGUCCAAGGCACUGGAAACGGUGCUGCUGGCACGCGAGGAGCUGGCGUGUAGCAGCAGCUGCGGAGCUCGAUGCUGCUCCGGGAUGCGUGUUACCGCUGACAGGCACCAACAGUGGGCUGAAGGUGUGGGUAAGCGCACGUAAGCGCACCUUGACGCAAGAGGCCGCGAGGACAAGGGAGGAGCGGCGGUUUGGCCUCGGCAGCCCGAACAUCUUGACCAUUAUGGUCUAAGGAGCUUAUGAAUAGAGUAGGAGGGCAUGCGGUAAAAGGAGGGUGCAAUGCUGACUGAGGAAGGCCUGGAUAGUGAGUAUCAGGUUGAGGUGCGUGGAGCCGGGAAACACGCAACGCACCAGUUAGGGACCGAGGUGUUUAUGUGCUGUGUGAUGCGCUGUGUAUGUCGGCUGUCGAGUUAGGCACGGGUGGUUACCCUGCUUGAGUCCGAAGUGUGACCGACACCGUAAUCAAUAUUACUUCGCCGGGUCCGGAACUCCGGGUCCGGGGCUGUACGGUAUGGUAGCAGGCGCAGUGCAGGUUAUCAAGGUGAGCGCAGC